AUGCAAAUACCUCGAUGUUCGACCAUAUUUGUUUCUACACUUGUUACAUUUUUCGUCAUUGGUUCAUGGCUCAAUCUAUCAGGUGUUUGGAUCGAAUUUCCAUUGAUUGUUGAUCAAUUACCUGAAGGAUGGAGUCUCCUAGCUCGAAUGGGGUUAAUAUCCAAUCUGGCAAAUAUCGGUGUUGUGAUUGUCGCUGUUAUUCGACGCUUUUCACAUGGUGGUGUUGGCUAUGAGAUUCCUGUAAAUAUAUUUAUACUUACAACAGGAACAAUUGUUCUUGUUAUAUUAGCAUUCGUGUGGCAGAAAACAACAAUGAUUAAUGGAACUCCACAUUCGACAUAUUUGAUGGGCUUUUCGUUAAGUUUAUCUUUAGUUGAUUGUACAUCGAGUGUGACAUUUUUACCAUUUCUUGAUCGUUAUGAACCUGUGUAUCUGAAGGCGUUCUUUUUCGGUGAAGCACUCUCGAGUUUAUUCCCAGCAUUACUAGGAAUUGCACAAGGUGUGGGGGAAAUAUCGUGUAUCAAAGAUGCCAAUGAUACUCUGGUGGAAUACAUGUCGCCACCUCGAUUUUCUGUUCGGGUUUACUUUUUGGCUCUAGCUGCGGUUAUGCUAGUCUCUUUACUGUCCUUUGUUACGCUCUGUUUGAUACGAACAGGUCGACGAAAAGACAGAGCGUCUGUUGAUUCUUCAUAUCCAAAAAAAAAUGUUCCAGUUUUGGAAUUGAGUACCGUCGAGAAAAAGCCUAGUGCUGAUUCGAAAAUUGAUAAAUUCAACACAACUAUAGUUAAUAAUUGUUCAAUGACUAACAAAGAAUUCUGGCUUUCCGAGCACGGUAUAUAUUUAUUUCUCUGCUUCUGGACUAGUAUUCUCAUUAUCGGUGCUUCUCCUAGUCUACAAAGUUUCUCUCUGUAUCCUUAUUCAAUCGAAGUUUAUCAUCAUACAAUCGUCGCCUGUCAAUUUGCUUAUCCUCUUAUGUCUCUUCUUGGUGUAUUCGUUCCACAACUGCAAUCUCGAUAUAUAUAUCUUCUUAAUAUCAUCGGUACUGGUCUUUUCGCAUAUACAUUCAUUGCUGCAAAACUUUCUCCAUGUUCACCGUUAGUUGAUCGACUGGCUGGACGAGUUCUGAUUAGUUUGAGCUGGGUACUGAAGUAUUGUGUUUUGUAUUUUAUUCGUGUGUUGCUCGGUAAUUAUUUUGGACGUAAAUCUGGCCAUCGUGGAUUGUUUUGGUUCGGAGUUUUGACACAAAUUGGUUCAUUGAUUGGAGCGCUCCUUGUUUAUUUAUUCACUGAACAUUUACAUUUAUUUCAUGAACGAAAAAUUUGUGUUUUUUAUCAAUGUUGA